CUAAAAUUGGAAAUGGCUCUAACGAGGAGAAUGAUCCGGGAAAUCCUGGUUUUGUUUUGCAUUCUACAUGGCGUUUCCGCGAUGGUGAAUAAAUGUCCGGCCAAUCUGCUAUCUCCGAGAUCCAACUCUACCUUGGACCUUGUUCCUAAUAUUUUAGAAGCUCUGGCGGAUUAUAGGCCAUGUGAACCAGGAGACCCGCUGUGCCUCUGCCAUGCCGCAACCAUAACCAAGGAUUUAGAGCCUUAUUCGGACAAAGGUAUCUCUCAAGAUAUGAUUUCGCAAUCUAAACGCCAGGGUACUCUAUAUAAGGUCAUUCGGCGACGAAUCUUUCGCCAAGAGCAUUGCUCCCAUCCCUUGAGGUGUUCGAGUGUGGAAGAUGUACUUUUGGAAAUAGCCGGGGAUCUUCCGGAUCUGGAAUUUGUUCUCAAUGUCUGUGACUGGCCACAGGUUCCCUUUCUAUCCGGAUUAAGUGGACCCGUUUUCUCCCAUUCAACUACAGCCCUACACUUGGACAUUAUGUGUCCGGCAUGGUCGUUUUGGACUGUUUUCGGACCAAAACUACAACAAUAUCCGCAUGGUUUGGGCCGCUGGGAUUGGAUGCGUCAGCACAUAGCAGCCGCUGCUACUAGGAUCCCCUGGAAGAGUAAGAAGGCGUUGGGUUUUUUCAGAGGUUCCAGAUCUUCACCAGACCGGGAUAAUGUGGUGAUUCUUUCCAAGAGAUAUCCGAAUUUGGUCGAUGCCCAAUACACGCUAUACGUAGCCGAUAAGUUUUCGUCCCACAUUCUAACUUCGGAUCCUGCAGAGGAACUACCAUUGGCGGAUCACUGCCAGUUUAAGUACCUAUUUAGUUUUCGCGGGGUAGCUGCCAGCUUCAGAUUAAGACACAUCCUCUUAUGUCGCUCCCUUGUCCUUCAUGUGGGUGACCAGUGGCAAGAGUUUUUCUACGGACAACUAAAGCCAUGGGUACACUACGUUCCAGUGGCCAGCAACGCCUCUGUGGAGGACCUGGCGGAACUACUGCGCUAUUUGCGCCAAAACGAUGACCUGGCGGAGGAAAUCGCUGAAAGGGGUCAUCAGUUUGUUUGGAUGCACCUGCGUAUGGCUGAUGUGCUCUGUUAUUGGCGUAAGCUGCUCCAGGAGUACUCCAAGUUACUGAUGUAUAAGGUCAAACUAGAGCCUGGGUUUUAUGAGGUUUCAAACACAAAAGCCGUACAAAUUUAUCGCGGCUAA